UGGCCGGGCCCCGAGGCCCCGCCCCGAGACCCCGCCCCCCGUUUCAGGACCGUUGGCACCGGGCUAACGGUUCCACCACGUCCGCCGCCCUGGACGCCCGCAGCCUGCCCCUCCCUGCCUCUCCUGCGCCGAUACACUUCGAGUGGAUUCUGGCCAUUUGAGCAUUCUCUCCAACUCUCCUAUCCCCAGUCUGCCCCCACGGGGGUCUCCCCCACCUCUCCCCCGUCCCACAGCCUAAACCCCUCUUCGCCCUGAACCUCCCUUUUCCUCAUGUGGUGAAUGGGCACUGGCCCCGCUCAGACUCCCAGGAGCACCAGAGCUGGCCCUGAGCCAAGCCCUGCCCCACCAGGACCUGGGGACACGGGUGACUCAGACGUGACUCAGGAAGGCUCAGGUCCUGCUGGCAUCCGCGGAGGUGAGACGGUGAUCAGAGCUGGGAUGGGAGACUCCCCAGGCAGAGGGGCACCCGAGAGGAGGCACAAGGCCCAGCCUGGCCGGGCUAGGAAGUAUGAAUGGAGACCAGAAGGCCCCACCAGCAUGGGCAGCCUCGGCCAGAGAGAAGAUCUCCAAGAUGAGGACAGGAACUCAGCAUUCACCUGGAAGGUCCAGGCCAACAACCGCGCCUACAACAGGCAGUUCAAGGAGAAGGUGAUCCUGUGCUGGCAGAGGAAGAAAUACAAGACCAACGUCAUCCGCACGGCCAAGUACAGCUUCUUCUCGUUCCUGCCGCUGAACCUGUACGAGCAGUUCCACCGCGUGUCCAACCUGUUCUUCCUCCUCAUCAUCAUCCUGCAGAGCAUUCCCGACAUCUCCACGCUGCCCUGGUUCUCGCUCAGUACCCCUAUGGUCUGCCUCCUCUUCAUCCGUGCCACCCGGGACCUGGUGGACGACAUGGGGAGACACAAGAGUGACAGAGCCAUCAACAACAGACCCUGCCAGAUUCUGAUGGGGAAGAGCUUCAAGCAGAAGAAAUGGCAGGAUCUGUGUGUGGGGGAUGUGGUCUGUCUCCGCAAGGACAACAUUGUCCCAGCCGACAUGCUCUUGCUGGCCAGCACGGAGCCCAGCAGCCUGUGCUAUGUGGAGACGGUGGACAUUGACGGGGAGACCAACCUGAAGUUCAGACAGGCCCUGAUGGUCACCCACAAAGAACUGGCCACUAUAAAGAAGAUGGCGUCCUUUCAAGGCACAGUGACGUGUGAGGCGCCUAACAGUCGGAUGCACCACUUCGUGGGGUGCCUGGAAUGGAAUGACAAGAAAUACUCCCUGGACAUUGGCAACCUCCUCCUCCGAGGCUGCAGGAUUCGCAACACAGACACCUGCUAUGGACUGGUCAUUUAUGCUGGUUUUGACACAAAAAUUAUGAAGAACUGUGGCAAGAUCCAUUUGAAGAGAACCAAGCUGGACCUCCUGAUGAACAAGCUGGUGGUUGUGAUCUUCAUCUCCGUGGUGCUUGUCUGCCUGGUGUUGGCCUUUGGCUUCGGUUUCUCGGUCAAAGAACUCAAAGACCACCACUACUACCUCUCGGGGGUGCGUGGGAGCAGCGUGGCCGCAGAGUCCUUCUUCGUCUUCUGGAGCUUCCUCAUCCUGCUCAGCGUCACCAUCCCGAUGUCCAUGUUCAUCCUGUCCGAGUUCAUCUACCUGGGGAACAGCGUCUUCAUUGACUGGGACGUGCAGAUGUACUACAAGCCGCAGGACGUGCCUGCCAAGGCCCGCAGCACCAGCCUCAACGACCAUCUGGGCCAGGUGGAAUACAUCUUCUCGGACAAGACGGGCACGCUCACGCAGAACAUCUUGACCUUCAACAAGUGCUGCAUCAACGGCCGCGUCUACGGGCCGGAUUCAGAGACCACGACCCGACCUAAGGAGAACCCCUACCUCUGGAACAAGUUCGCCGACGGGAAGCUGCUCUUCCACAACGCGGCCCUGCUGCACCUCGUGCGGACCAACAGGGACGAGGCCGUGCGGGAGUUCUGGCGCCUGCUGGCCAUCUGCCACACGGUGAUGGUGCGGGAGAGCCACCGUGAGUGCCCAGACCAGCUGUUGUACCAGGCGGCCUCCCCCGACGAGGGGGCGCUGGUCACCGCAGCCCGGAACUUCGGCUACGUGUUCCUGUCCCGCACCCAGGACACCAUCACGAUCAUGGAGCUGGGGGAGGAGCGGGUCUACCAGGUCCUGGCCAUAAUGGACUUCAACAGCACGCGCAAACGGAUGUCGGUCCUGGUUCGAAAGCCAGAGGGCACCAUCUGCCUGUACACCAAGGGCGCCGACACGGUCAUCUUCGAACGCUUGCACAGGAGGGGGGCAGUGGAGUUUGCCACAGAGGAGGCCUUGGCUUGGAGACGUGGUUUCACCGUGUUGGUUAAGCUGGUCUCAAACUCCUGGCCUCAAGUGAUCCGCCUGCCUCGGCCUCCCAGAGUGCUGGGAUUACAGGCCUUUGCCCAGGAGACCCUGCGGACACUGUGCCUGGCCUACAGGGAGGUGGCUGAGGACAUUUACGAGGACUGGCAGCAGCGCCACCAGGAGGCCAGCCUCCUGCUGCAGAACCGGGCACAGGCCUUGCAACAGGUGUACAACAAGAUGGAGCAGAACCUCAGGCUGCUGGGAGCCACAGCCAUCGAGGACAGACUCCAGGACGGCGUCCCUGAAACCAUCAAAUGUCUCAAGAAGAGCAACAUCAAAAUAUGGGUGCUCACCGGGGACAAGCAGGAAACGGCUGUGAACAUCGGCUUCGCCUGCGAGCUGCUGUCAGAGAAUAUGCUCAUUCUGGAGGAGAAGGAGAUUAGCCGCAUCCUGGAGACCUACUGGGAAAACAGUAACAACCUUCUAACCAGGGAGUCCCUGUCGCAGGUCAAGCUGGCCUUGGUCAUUAACGGAGACUUCCUGGACAAGCUGCUGGUGUCCCUGCGGAAGGAGCCGCGCGCCCUGGUGCAGAACGUGAACAUGGACGAGGCGUGGCAGGAGCCCGGCCAGUCCAGGAGGGAUUUCCUCUACGCCAGGCGCCUGUCCCUGCUGUGCCGGAGGUUCGGGCUCCCGCUGGCUGCACCGCCAGCCCAGGACUCCAGAGCCCGCCGUAGUAGCUCCGAGGUGCUGCAGGAGCGCGCCUUCGUGGACCUGGCGUCCAAGUGCCAGGCGGUCAUCUGCUGCCGCGUGACGCCCAAGCAGAAGGCCCUGAUCGUGGCCCUGGUCAAGAAGUACCACCAGGUGGUGACCCUGGCCAUCGGGGACGGUGCCAACGACAUCAACAUGAUCAAGACCGCGGACGUGGGCGUGGGGCUGGCGGGCCAGGAGGGCAUGCAGGCAGUUCAGAACAGCGACUUCGUGCUCGGCCAGUUCUGCUUCCUGCAGCGCCUCCUGCUGGUGCACGGCCGCUGGUCCUACGUGCGGAUCUGCAAGUUCCUGCGCUACUUCUUCUACAAGAGCAUGGCCAGCAUGAUGGUGCAGGUCUGGUUUGCCUGCUACAACGGCUUCACCGGCCAGCCCCUGUAUGAAGGAUGGUUCCUGGCUCUUUUCAACCUCCUGUACAGCACCCUGCCAGUUCUCUACAUUGGGCUCUUUGAGCAGGACGUGAGCGCAGAGCAGAGCCUGGAGAAGCCGGAGCUGUACGUGGUGGGGCAGAAGGACGAGCUCUUCAACUACUGGGUCUUCGUCCAAGCCAUCGCCCAUGGUGUGAUCACCUCUCUGGUCAACUUCUUCAUGACACUGUGGAUCAGCCGCGACACGGCAGGACCCGCCAGCUUCAGCGACCACCAGUCCUUUGCGGUCGUGGUGGCCCUGUCUUGCCUGCUGUCCAUCACCAUGGAGGUCAUUCUUAUCAUCAAGUACUGGACCGCCCUGUGCGUGGCGACCAUCCUCCUCAGCCUUGGUUUCUACGCCAUCAUGACUACCACCACCCAGAGCUUCUGGCUCUUCAGAGUAUCCCCCAAGACCUUCCCGUUUCUGUACGCCGACCUCAGCGUGGUGUCCUCUCCCUCCAUCCUGCUGGUGGUCCUGCUGAGUGUGUCCAUAAACACCUUCCCUGUCCUGGCCCUCCGAGUCAUCUUCCCAGCCCUCAAGGAGCUACGUGCCAAGGAGGAGAAGGUGGAGGAGGGCCCCAGCGAGGAGAUUUUCACCAUGGAGCCCUUGCCUCAUGUACACCGGGAGUCUCGUGCCCGCCGUUCCAGCUAUGCUUUCUCCCACCGUGAGGGAUAUGCAAACCUCAUCACUCAGGGCACAAUUCUGCGGAGGGGACCAGGGGUCAGCAGUGACAUAGCAUCUGAAUCCCUAGACCCAUCUGAUGAAGAGGCAGCUUCGAGCCCAAAGGAGUCACAUUAGCACCUCAGGAAGAUGACCUUCCUGGGAAGAAGCAGCACCAGCCAGUUCUGCUGCAAUUCAACCAGCAUGCAGGGGGCCUUCCUCUAAAGACAAGGACUCCACAUGCUUUUCUUUUUCUAAUAAACCAGGGUCCAUCUGACCCCAGCGCUAA